AUGGGAAUCACCUUUUCAUCCCGUCGCGAAGAUCCGAUACCAGAGGCAGCUGUUGGCGAUGAACGCGCCGAGGAUGAUACUUCCCGGCGUACCGGCGGGAGCGAAGAAGACGACAACGAGGCACACACCGACCAAGAAUCUCAAGAAGGUGUGUCUGACAUCCCUCGUCGCUGUGCUUCUGUCGCCUCGGACCGUGGUUCACCAAGCGAAGAUGAGGAGGCGCAUGUCGCUCGUAUGCUCACCUCUGAGGAUCCGGAAGGCAGUGACGAUGGGAACAGUGACGACCAGAGCACGGAAGGUGACAUUGACGACCAGCAAGUCGAGGAAGAGGAAGAGGAGGAGGACCACACACAUAUAGAUGACUGGAACGUCGAAUCGAGCGCUGAAGACCAAUAUGUGAGGUUACGCAAUCGCUUAUAG